GAGAGAGAGAGAGCAGAGAGCAGAGAGCUUUAGGAGCCAUGGCGACGGCGACGGCGGAAUUGGCGGCGCACGAGCACAGCACGAAGACGGCGGCGGCGGCGGCCGACAGGUGGAGCCCCUACUCGGGCGCCGGCGACUUCCUCGGCAGAAUGGCCGUCGUCCUCGCCUGCCUCCUCGCCCUCCUCGGCGCCCUCGCCGCCGCCUUCAGGUGCCUCCUCCGCCGCCGCCAGAGGCGCGAAGAGGAGGAGAAGCCGGUGGCGGCCAUGGAGGUGCCGCCGCGGAUGCCGCCGGCGCUGGUGUACCGCUCGUCGGAGUCGGCGGGCGGCGAGGCGGCGGAGUGCGCGAUCUGCCUGGCGGAGUUUGCCGACGGGGACGCCGUGCGCGGCAUGGCGGCCUGCGCCCACGUGUUCCACGCGCGCUGCAUCGACCGCUGGCUCGCCGGCCGCCGCCCGUCCUGCCCGACCUGCCGCGCGCCCGCCGGAGCCACAGCUGCCGCGCUUGAGCUUCCCCUUGUCGAUCCUUGAUGCCAAGACAAGUGCUCUGUUUCUUCCUUUCAAUUUUUUUUCCGCAAUGUCUAUGUGUAAAAUACUUAUAUACCAGAUGAAAGAUCUGGAGAUUAAAAUGUUGGGCUGGAUGUUUGAUUUG